AUGACAGAAGCAGUCGAGCGUAUCCCCUCGCCUGAGCUGUCACCAGAACAAGAACAAGACAGCCUCACCCUAAGCGUGCAAUAUCACGGUCAACUUAUAGCCCUCACCCUCUCCACAGACGCCACUAUCAACGACCUCUCCGCUCUCGUUGCCGAAGACCUACAAAUCCCUCCUUCGAAUCAAAAGUUCCUGAUCUCGCCGAAACCUGGUCUCCUUCGUCCGCCUUUCAAAGACCCGACUCUGCGCCUUGACUCCCUACCCCAGAAGGCAAAGAUCACACUGCUGGGCAGCACUGCCCAAGAAGUCACCGAUGUCGAGACUGCAAUCGCAUCCUUGAAGCAAAAGCAACAAGCCCGCCGAGCCGCCCUCAAUGCCGGUCGCAAAGUCCAAGCAAACCGCUAUCGCGACUGGAAGACUGUGACCGAAGAAGCAACAUACACGUUCGCCACACUUCGACCGCUACCACACCUGCACCAUCCAGAAAAGUCGUUGCGGUUCCUGGAGCGUUUGCGCGAUGACCCUGGCAUCAAAGCUGCAAUGCGCAAACACAAGUUCAGUGUUGGUUUGCUGACCGAGAUGGAUCCUGCCGAGCACACAACGCAUGAAUCACGGACGCUGGGUCUGAACAGAAACCGAGGAGAAGUUAUCGAGUUGCGUCUGAGGACGGAUGCAUACGACGGAUACAGAGACUACAAGGUUAUCAGAAAGACCUUGUGCCAUGAGCUUGCACACAACGUGGUCGGCCCACACAAUGCAGAGUUCCAUGCUCUUUGGAACCAGAUUGAGAAGGAAGUUGAGAAGAAUGAUUGGUCAAGAGGUGGUCAUUCACUUGGGCAAGAGGAGUUCUACAACCCUGGCGAUGACUACGUUGACGAUGAUGAUCACUGUGACGCUGGCGGUUGGGAGGGAGGUUCAUACAUUCUUGGUGCAACAACUUCGACCAGUCAAAACUCCGCUGAGCCUCUUACUCGACGCGAAGCCAUGGCUAGAGCUGCCGAAGAGAGGGCGAAAAAGCAGAAGAAUGUGCAAAGGGCAGCCGAGCACGAUUCCAAUCCAUCAUCGAGCUGA